AUGUUCGCCAAGCGGGCAAACUCUUCGCAGGGGGCCUGGCCGAAACCUGGCAGGAAGAGAGGGCGACAAAAGGACGCGGAGGGUCAGUCACUUCAACUUGAGCGCGUAUUGGGUUUAAGUGUAACCCGACCCUCUGCAUUGACUCUCAAUCAAAACUUGGAUACCCCGGUCCUUGCGUAUCCCGCAGGCGGCAUAGUGGUUCUUUACAAUUACAAACGUAACCGACAGGUUGGGUUUUUGACUCCCAAUGCGACCUUCGACGCGGAGAGAGGGGCUGGAUCGACAGGAGGAAGACGAGCUUCGCUGGCGGCAGGUGGCAAAGCAGUAUCUUGUGUGGCGUAUUCGCAGGAUGGUGAAUAUUUGGCGGUUGGAGAGGCAGGGCAUCAACCGAAGGUGCUAAUAUGGAAGGGGUCUACUCUGGUUUCGGAGUUGGUGGGCCAUUUGUAUGGAGUCUUAGCAGUGGCCUUUUGCCCAGACUGCAAGUAUCUUGUCUCAGUUGGAUAUCAGCACGAUGGAUUGCUCUACGUCUGGAACUGGCGAACAGGGCAACGACUUGCAUAUGCUAAACUCGACGCAAAGAUACAUUCUCUGGCAUUCUCUCCCAAAGGAGAUUUUUUUGUCACUGUAGGAGUGCAGCAUGUUACGUUUUGGCCGAUGGACGCAGAUAAACUCGUGCAAAAUGCGAAGGCUGCAAAGCCCGUGAAUAUUGUUCUUGAAGGAACCUCGGGCCAGUUUACUAGCCAUAAGAAUUGCGUGUUUAUGGACGUAGCGUGUUCAACUGCAAGUGACGGCAAGACAACCACGUAUUCCAUUACUGAUGAUGGCACAUUAGUGUGUUUCAGUCACGACAGAGAAUUGGUGAAGUGGGUUGAGUUGAAGGUGCCAGGGCGUUCAGUCAAUGUGUCUGCAAAGUAUAUUGCGUGUGGAUGCGCUGAUGGAGUAAUUCGCCUUUUUGAGACAUUUACGAUGCAGUAUAUUGUGACUCUUCCAAAAACACAUCCGAUUGAUGUCCAUCCCCAUACAAGGGGUAGUCCGACAUCCUCGUCGCUAUACCCUGAUGUCGAAGCGAUUGCCAUUGAUGCACACAGCGAAAAACUUGCUUGUAUCUUCAAUGACCAUUCAUUGUUGAUCUGGAAUAUCAAGGACCCAAAGCAUCCGAAGACAUAUAGGAGCUUUCUUUGGCAUAGCGAUGCAAUAUGGGGAGUUGAGAUGGUUCCAACAAUUGCAGAUGAUUACCCAUCAGUAGACUCAGAGUCACCUCCUUCCGGACUCCCUCCGAACACAUUCGUGACCUAUUCGUCAGACGGAACAGUGCGAUUCUGGAAUCUGGACGGUACCAGCAGCGCCCAUAGCGUCUCACCAACCGGCUCUGAAACAAGCAAUGGCCUGACUGUUUCUGAUUACUUCCGUCAAAAUGAUUACUCCCGGGAGCUUUUACGAAUUUUGUAUGUUGAUAGAGCUGGAAUUCUCAAGCUCAAAACUCAUACUGAUGGCGAACCGUCAGCGGCGGAGAAGACUGGUGUACGAGCUUUGCGUGUAACACCUGAUGGGCAGUUUUUAGCAUCUGGAGAUCGUUUGGGGAACGUAAGAGUACAUGAGCUUGUAACUUUUCAGCAGUUGAAGUUUUUGGAGGCGCACGAAGCUGAAGUCCUUUCGAUUGAUUUUUCCGAUGACCCACAUGCGGAUUCUUUCCUGAUGGCUACAGCAAGCCGCGAUCGGUUGAUACAUGUUUUUGAUGGGGCCCGCGAUUUUGAGCUGGUACAAACGCUAGAUGAUCAUACAUCCUCUAUCACCUCAGUCCGCUUCUGCGAUAAUGGCCGCCGUUUAAUGAGCUGCGGGGCAGACAGGUCCUUGAUAUUUCGCGUGACAGACACCGGUAAUGGAUUUCAAAGUUAUCAUAAAGCCCUUAGUCGAUCCACAAUAUAUGACCUCGACAUCGAUGCAACGUCAAAGUAUCUAGCGACAGUAUCUCAAGAUCGGCGGAUUAAUGUCUACUCAGUCAAUACUGGCAAAUCCGUCCGUUCUUACCGCCCCGAAUUUGAUGAUACAAGCGCAGACAGCGGUUUUACUAAGCUUUCGCUCGAUCAGUCGGGUGCCUAUGCAGCUACCUCUGCCUCUGACAAAACGAUACGCAUUUUCGACUUUUACUCCGGAGACUGUCUUGGCAGAGUUGCAAGUGGACAUUCGGAACUGGUCACCGGUGUCAAGUUUACCCUCGAUUGCAAACAUCUUAUCUCUACGGGUGCAGAUGGGUGCAUCUUUGUGUGGAAGCUGUCCAAGAGGAUUACCCAGCAGAUGCAGAAACGCCUGGGCAAAAAGUUCGGUAGCGGCAAUGGAGCGACCCGCAGCAACAGUUUUACCCAGAGCCAAGUUUCCGCUCCUGAAACAGACCAGCCUUCUUUCCAGAGCGGAGAGUUAGGAGAUACCAGUUCUAUUAGAAGUAGUGGGGACGCAUUGCCCUCCAAUGAGCCAGCUAGCCUUCCAUUUCUCUUCAGUGAGUUGGGGUUGCCGGCCUGGGCCAGAACAACCCGAAAUCGCGAGCUUGAAGCCGAUCAGGGGCGGUUUGUUGCUCCAAAAGGUCGUUGGGCACAGAGAGUGGGCCAAGAAGGUGUCAUGCUGUUCUCGGAACUCAGUGAAAGCGCACCCCCGGUGGCGAGAAUGGAUGAUGUUUUUGAUCGGCGCUACACAUUCGAGCAAGAUCGAAUCCCUAAUACACCGCGGAGAGAGGAAGGAGCGUCUGUUACAAAAAUCACUGACGGCCUAGCAGGGCCAAGUGACCAAAUCAUUAGACACGGUGUAACCACCAACGACAUGGUCGUCCAAGACCUUGACUCAAUGGCACUUACCUCAAGUCACAUCUCUGACGAUGACGUUGACGAACCAACAGAGAUGGAUAUUGAGGAUGACGAGGAGUUUGACGAAGAUCAUAUAGUAUUCCUUCCAUCUGAAGACAAAGAGGACACUCUAUAUAUUGUAAUGGCUCAGGAUGCGAAAGAACAAAGCCACGAUGCCUCAGAGACUGCGCCUGUAGAUGAAAGUAGGAAGUCACAGACACCGGAACAAUCGCCAGAUCUAUCUAAUACACUAGUCGAGCCCGACAAGAUUUCGCGGACCCCCAAAACUGGGAAAGAGGAGGAGGACGACGAGGGUGAAGGCGGGUCUGGGAGCAAAGAAUUUGGUGAUAUGACGUUUGAGGAAUAUAUCGGACAGUCCGUAGCUCUCUCUGCUGGUUUAGAUAUUCGGCAGAGCUUGUCGGCCAAGCACUUGGCAUUGCGAAAUCAUGAGACCACUUCUCACGCGGAGAAUCAGUCCUUGAAGGCACAACCUAGCGCGGAGGAAGAAAAGGGCCCGAUGCCCAUAAGUACCGUUUCAGAAACGAGGACAUCAUCGGGCGAUGAGGGUACAGAAGCAGCGUCGACUACGUCUUUGAGACAAAGGAAGGAAGCGACAGCUCAGGAGGUGGCGAAAGUUCGUCAGAAACUGGCAGCAAUGGGCAUUAUUUGGCGAAGUGCAGAGAAUCUAGCUUUGACAGAAUUACCUUCAGAAUCCGCUGCCGAAACACCGGCAGUCCAGAAUGCAAUCGAAAAUCCCGAAUUAGUUCACGCUAUAAGCCACGAUGCGGAACGCGCCGACGAUCAACAAAAUCCUGCCCAAAUGGAGGAAAGGCCGUAUACUCCUCAUGAGACCGCCCCGGAACUAGUGCGUAGUCCAUAUCGGUCUCGAUCUAUGAGCCCGAUACGGUCAGCCGUCAAUCGCGACGUCAUAGUCAAUGCCAUCGCGCACCCAGUUCCAGCUCCGCAUGAUGAGGCACGUACCCCAGCAGGUUCACAAGAAGGUGCAAACCAAACAAUGGAGGAGCAGGAGGAUGAGGAGGAGAAGGAGGAGGACGAGCUUGAUGGUGGAGCCGCAGUUCCAGAUAAUGUCGUCGAGAUGACCGACCCGGCCACUGACGCGAUGGAUCAAAUACCUAAAGCUGAAGGGGCAGACCUCGAGUCAAUCUCUGUAGACGAAUUGAAACUUUUCCGAUCAUUAGCUGAUCGUUCAGCGCAAGCCCUGGUAAAGCUCGCCACUCGUAAACCCUCCUCGGACGAGGAAAGAAUCGCGAACGAAAUACGAUCAUCUCUAAAUUACGUGUAUGAGGCUACGGCCACUGCCUUGGAAAAGAGUGACCCUCCGCCGGAAGCGCUCUUUAAGGAUGGAAAAAUGAUUCACCUUUUGGAGAAGUAUUCGGAGAUUUUGGUCGACAUGGUACAGAAGAAGCUGCAGGACGGCCAGAGUUAG